CCCCGCCCCGCUCCCCCCCACCCCGGCUCCGCCCCGGAGGCCGGCACGCUGGCUCGCUCCCUGCCUGGGAACAUGGCCGAAGUCGGGGAGGACAGCAGCGGGGCGCGGGCUCUGCUGGCGCUGCGCUCGGCGCCCUGCAGCCCCGCCGCGGCGCCCCCUCCCGGGCCGCCGCCCCCGGCCGCGCCGCCCGCCGCCGCCUCCGCCGGCCCGGUGCUGGCGCGGCUGCAGGGCCGCGAGUUCGAGUUCCUCAUGCGGCAGCCGGCCGUCACCAUAGGCCGCAACUCCUCGCAGGGCUCGGUGGAUGUCAACAUGGGGCACUCCAGCUUCAUCUCCCGGCGGCACCUGCAGCUCAGCUUCCAGGAGCCGCACUUCUACCUGCGCUGCCUCGGCAAGAACGGCGUCUUCGUGGACGGCGCCUUCCAGCGCCGCGGCGGCCCGGCCCUACAGCUCCCGCCGCAAUGUACUUUCCGAUUCCCUAGCACGGUUAUAAAGAUCCAGUUCACAUCUUUAUACCAUAAAGAGGAAGCAAAAGAGGAAGCCUCAUCGCCUCCCCUUCGGCCACUUUACCCUCAAAUAUCGCCUCUGAAGAUCCACAUCCCGGAGCCGGACCUCCGGAGCGUGGUCAGUCCCCUUCCAUCCCCCACAGGCACUAUCAGUGUUCCCAACUCUUGCCCAGCCAGUCCACGUGGUGCUGGAUCCUCAGGAUAUCGUUUUGUUCACAACAUUACCUCGGAUCUGCAGCUGGCAGCAGAGUAUGCCGCAAAAGCAGCAUCAGAACAGCAGGCAGAUGCAUCUGGCGGGGACAGCCCAAAGGAUGAGUCCAAGCCACCGUAUUCUUACGCUCAGCUAAUUGUGCAGGCUAUAUCUUCAGCACAGGACAGGCAAUUAACACUAAGUGGGAUCUAUGCCCACAUUACCAAGCAUUAUCCAUAUUACAGGACUGCUGACAAAGGCUGGCAGAAUUCCAUUCGGCACAACCUCUCCUUGAACCGUUACUUUAUUAAAGUCCCACGCUCCCAGGAGGAGCCUGGAAAGGGCUCCUUUUGGCGAAUUGACCCUGCCUCUGAAGCCAAACUAGUAGAGCAAGCAUUUAGAAAACGAAGGCAAAGAGGAGUGUCCUGCUUCCGAACACCUUUUGGGCCCCUCUCUUCCAGGAGUGCUCCUGCCUCCCCUACUCACCCUGGCCUGCUGUCCCCUCACUCUAGUGGCCUACAGACUCCAGAGUGCCUAUCACGGGAGGGCUCACCUAUUCCACAUGAUCAUGACUUUGGGUCAAAGUUAGCCUCUGUUCCAGAGUAUCGGUAUUCACAGAGUGCACCUGGAUCUCCAGUCAGUGCCCAGCCAGUGAUUAUGGCUGUUCCUCCCCGACCAUCUACUCUGGUGGCAAAACCAGUUGCAUACAUGCCAGCAUCGAUAGUUACUUCUCAACAGCCUUCAUGUCAUGCAAUUCACGUAGUUCAACAAGCUCCCACUGUUACAAUGGUCCGAGUUGUGACCUCCUCUGCAAACUCUGCAAACGGAUACAUCCUCACAAAUCAGGGCACAGCAGGAGGAGCUCAUGAAGCUGCAGGAGCAGUGUUGGACUUAGCUGGUGACCACCGAGCAGGCAUGGAUGAAAAGCCAACGAUCGCGUUUGCCACAAUACCUACAGCAAGCCGUGUUAUUCAGACAGUUGCCAGUCAAAUGGCACAGGGUGUUCCAGGACAGACAGUCACGAUCCUUCAGCAGGCAGCACCAGUGACCAUUGGACAGCAUCAGCUCCCUGUGCGGGCAGUCACCCAGAACGGGAAACAUGCUGUCCCCACCAACAGCAUCACCGGCAGUGCUUAUGCUCUUACAAAUCCAUUGCAGCUUCUUGCAGCCCAGGCCAGCUCGUCCACUCCUGUUGUAGUCAGCCGGGUAUGUGAGACAGGGACCGAAGAGACAGCAGCAGCCUCUUCCAGUGAACCUGAAGUCAAAAGACCCCGGAUAGAAGAGUCCAGUGGAGCAGUCCCAGCCCAAACUGGAGUCAUCACAUCUACAGUGCCACAAGGACAAGCAACCAGUGAAUGAAGAACCGGUGGGAGGAGCUGGAGUGAUGCGGGGUGGGCAUGGGAUGGCAGAAGCCCUAAAGCAGCUUUCAAAGAAAACAAACCACAACUGUAACAGCUCAAAACAUAGCGGAUAAAGAGCUCUUUUUAAAGUGAGAUUUUUAAAUGGGAGGUCAACAGCUGUUAGAAUCACAGGGUGCCAAAAAGAAUGGAAAACCCCUCCCAAGAACCCAUAUCUGGAACUCUGUUCUGUCUUUACCUAUGGGAUAUUUUUCUUUUUUUUUUUAAAAAGAUUCAGAAAAAUACAGACAACUGAUUGUAUGACUGCUGGGAUAUUUUUAACUGUCUUUUCCCCUUUUGGCUCCAAGGGGAUGGGAUUUGCAGUUCAGCAUCUAAAGGAAUGUAACACAAAUACAGUCUGCUCCCUGGAAAGAAAACUCAUUUUCUAUGCCUUAAUACUGUGCUUUUUGGAGCUUUGAACCAUAGGACCAUUUUAAAAAGGCCACCUAAGGCAAUCAAAUGCUGAAAGAUGGGUGCAGUAUCUCACAACAACAGCAUUAAAGUAACAUGGUACCAAGCUUAAAGAAAAAGGCAAAUUAUUCUGUUUUUUAAAACAGAAAAAUUCUGAAUGCGAACGAAUGUUUAUUUAUGUGGAGAUUCAGGAGGAAGAGUUACAGGGCUCAACCGCCUGGAUUUCCAGAUGCAAUUUCUCUCCAUUCCCUCUGAGGGAGAAUAAGAUGACAGAGGAACUGUAUUAAUUUGGUUCCUGUAAAGAUAUUAAAAACAAAGGGUUUUGUACCUUCAAUGAUUUCUUACAAUUAUUCAUCACUUGCUCUGGACAACAGCCAAAGUAUCUUGAUGACUGAGGAUCACAUGGGGAAGGGUGUCUCCAAAAGGUUCUGUGUGCAUUUGAUCGCAUCCUGUGCUGGAGCAUCAGGUUUUUGUUAAAAAUAGCACUGUAGGUGAAGACGUUGCCACUGUCUCUGAACUUGAAAAAAUACUGGUUGGUCUUCUGCAUUAAAGCAGUUUGCCUUCACCUCCUGUUGGCAGUGUGGUCCUCAACUAGAUGGUCUGGAGGCCAGGGCUGGGUAGGAGUCUGUCACUGACCCUCUGCCAUGGCUCACAGCAAAGCUCCUGUGUUAUUCUUCUGAGAGGGGAGUUGAGAGCUGGGGUGAGAGGCAACAAGUUCAUACGGUGUUUAAUAUAAUUCUGUAAGGGUGUAGAGACCAAGGCAAAAAGAAGCCUUUUAAUUCAAUGUGGCAAAAGUCACUGGAGGCCUUAAACAUGUUUUUCCAAAAGGAAUUUGGAGGUUUCCUUACAUUGCCUAGCUCCCUCUCCCAUCCCUCCUCCCUUGAGGACCAUUUGGGUGGGCCAGUAGGAGGAAACUUGUAUUCAAACUAUAUUCCAGGCUCUUCAUGUACUACAAGUACAUCUUACUUUUUAGUAAAGUACUUUAAGUACAUCUUACUUAGCAGAUUUGAGUCACCUCAGCCAUGUGGAGCAGUGGGUGUGUGAGACAACUGGCAAAGAAAUCAACCCCUGCGUAGCCUCUAGCUAACCCCUUUGAGUUUAUGCCUGUUUGCGAUCCCCUUGGCUAACAUGUCUUCUGGCAGCACAGCAGAGAUCUUUUAAUUUAGAAAAUGUUAUGGCUUUGGCAAUGGCAAACGACAUGAGAGAUUGGAUAUGCCUUUGGUAGGUUAUCCCCCUAUCUGUACUGAUUUAUUGUCAGGUUGCUGUCUUGUACAGUGUGACAAUGCUAUUGCAGAGCAGAGAGUCAAGCCCACUGCAUAAACAUGUUGCAAAAAGAUUUCCCUGAUGCGCAGUAAAUGAUAUUGCCAGUAUGUCUGUGGGGAUUAGGGGGCAAGGCACAACCAUUCAAUGUCUACUGGAAUUUGGGGAGUGGGGGAAAUGCGCAAGGUAACAGCUGGCAUCAUUUGUUCCCUUCUAAGUUUCCUUUCUCUUUGCUAAAUCCUGUUCAAUAGCCAAGUCCCACCACUUGAAUAAAACCCAGCCAUGUUUUAUUCUCAAGCCAAUUGUUUUGUGAGAAAUAUUUCUGAAAAAAGGAAAGAAUUUCCUGGUCUCGUGAUUUGUGGUUACAUUCUGCAGUUAGAGGCACACAAAGUAUUCAGGACAGUUCAUUUAUCUUCAGCUAGGCUUUCAUAAUUUAGGUGUGUGCCUUUAGUGACAAGUUAUUAGAUUGGGUUUUAGUACUUUGAAAUGAUUUUUGUGAAGGAGGAUUGUUACAGACCAUGAAGUAAUUGAAGCAGGCCAGCCUCCAGCUGUCACUUUUCCUGUUAGGAAGGCUAGGUGCGGCAUAGCAGAAAAGCUCAUGGAUUAGUUCUGUUUUCUGUAGCCUUUUCAAAGCCAGAAUUCAAUAAAAUGGACUUCAAGGCAAAAAGCACAAAUGAGAGUGCAGCAUAAUUUAUCUGUGAUUAAUCCUUACUUUUGGGUGACUGGUGGUUUAGAUACAGGCACGCCUCUGAAACAGCCCUGAGGCUAGGGAGCUUUCCUGAAGCAGAGGAGUCUUUAGGUUUCCAGUACAUCGGGUGAGUCAGGGCAAGAUGAGCAACCAGCAGAAUGCUGUUCAGCAUGUGAAGCUGCCAGUGUUUUGUGGAUUUUUCUUUAUAGCUGCUUUUUUCUUGGUAAGUCUAAAUAAUUGGGCCCUAAACUUCUGUAAACUAGUCUAGCACCAUAGAAAUACAUCAGCUGAAUGACUGUGUUUUCAUACACCAGCUGCUGCUUUAUAGAUACCUCUUGAAGAGUCCAUCCUCAGGUUGCAUGUAUAGAUCUGCCUCCUCGGUAUCUAGAACAGUAUAAUGCUUUCUCCCUCUUCCUUUUGUGGUUCUCAAUGCCUGCUGGUUAAAAUGUGAGUUGAGGAUAAGCAAAUAUCUUUGGUCUGCUCACCCAUUCUGCUUGAGGUGUCCAGAACUUGUCAGUUCAUCCUAUCAGGAGAUUUUUGCUUUAUCAGUCUGCUGUAUCCCCCUGCUACUGUAGGAAGCAGCCAUGCCACUUGAAAUUUUUUUUGUAGGUUUGCCUAUACAUUGCUUAUAUCAUUGGCUGAUACUAGGUAAAAUGACAGUUCUUACUAAAUACUGUUGAGAGCUGUGGAAAAAUGUGCUCAUCUGGAACACAUGAGAUGGGGACAUCUUGUUUCAGGCCUCAGAUUAAUUCUUUCAGUACAUUGCUCAGUCUGGAAGACAGCAUGACUAUGUAUCAGUCCUGAUUCCCCAGGCUUUCAGUUUUGAGCACUGGAGAGGAAUGAAAAUUAAUGUGAUGGUAGAAUUAAGUCUUCAACUAGAAAGAAAAUGUUUACCUUAAUGGUUAUGUGCAGUACUUGGAUUAUUUUAAAUGGAUCAUCUAACUUGUUAUUGUCUAAAAAGUUGCAUCUCCUGUCCCUAGUUAAUUAUAUUAACUGAAGGAGGCUUGAGGGGAAGAGGAGUAGGAGGCUUCACUGCAUCUUCUGCUGUCUGUAUAACAAAGGUCAAGGCAUGUUAAAUAUUUAACCUGCUAUAACUUAGACCUGGGAAAAUUUUAAAACAGAGUUCUUAAUGUGUGAAUUUACUCUUCACCAUUCGGUAUUGAUGAUUUUUUUAUCUUAGGCAACAACAAAGACUAAUUUUACUUUUGCAGUCAGUUUAUAGCAACUUUUGUUGCCUCAGUUUGCAAAAGCUGAAUACAGUUGUCCUUGGGUUUAUUCCACUGGAAUUCCUUAGUUAUUGUUUUGUCUUGACCUUGGCUCUUGUGAUACAGAAAGCUUUUUACAGAAAGAUCAAUUUAAUCUGAUUUAGUGAUAACACAACACAGUACUGAGCACAGAAUUGAAGUUCAUGAUUAGCUCAUAUAUUCUUUUCAACUCCUUUUUUCCUCCCAUAUUCCUCCCUCCCCCAUACCAUUAAGGCUGUUCCCUGUAGCAUGUCCAGUCAUUUUAUCCACUGACAGGAGCAGCACCGUGCAUUAAGCCCUGCCCAAGGACUCAAAGAUGAAAAUACCUGUGGGAUACAUGGAGCUCCAGAGCAGGUUGAGAAAGGUCAAUUUGGUCACCCUGUAUUUAAUUUUCAUGCUGUGUUUUAGCCAUGUUACUGUUGGGCACACCUAGUUUGGGAGUGUGUUUUGAGAGACAUAUUAAAGCUUUGUAAGAGGAAAGAAACAGUUGAAUAACAGCUGAAGCCUUUACAGUGCUUCUGCAAUCAAUGUCAUGGUCUGGCUUCAGGUUUUGGGGGGAGCGAACUUGGGUUUGCAUGUUUUAGACAUCUGUCUUGUGUACUGACUUAGAACUGUCAUUCAGAGUUAACUUCCAUGUUUCUUCCCCUUUUUUUAGUAGGGAAAUACCAGCAGCAAAAUAAAACUUGAAGCAUAGAGGGUUAGGGACCUAUAUCUAAGCAAGUGAGAGCGUCUGACCUGAGCUUUCAUACAGUGUGGUGUGGAAUGCUUUUUGCUGACUGCUGGAGAUGUUAAAUUGAUGUUAGACCUUUUCAUCUCUGUUAGCAAGGGAGUUUCCCAGUGAGAUACUUGGUAUCCCUCUAAUAGCGUGCUAGCGUGUAAAUGAAUGUCAAAAUGUAGGGCAAAAAGAAACAUUUGCCUGCUAUACCUAGGCUUGGGGAUCUUGGAUGACAAGGAUUUAGUCUAGCAACAGUUCUGUACCUUUCCAUAGAGGAUCAAAAGCCAUUUCUUCAAGCUUAUUGCAUCUAAGGAUUAAAUUCCAACUGGUUGGUUGGUCCAUCUUUUUCUGAGGCUUAAACUAUGACUUACAAAUUAUAGUUUAUCACUGAUAAACAGAUCACAUAAAACUGCGGUAUUAGGGAAGAUCACAUCUCUAUUUGUUCUUUGUUGUUGACCAGUUGUAGCUGUGUAGAAAUACAGAAUAACUUGAGUUGGAAGAAACUGUUGGAGAUCUCUGCUAUAACCUCCUGCUGAGAGCAGGUCCAAGUAGAUCAUGUUGCUGUGACCUUGUCCAGCUGAGGUUUGAGUGUCUCCAGAGACGGAGGUUCCUCUCUGACCACCCAUGAGGUGAAAACUUUUUCUCAGCUAUCUAAGAAGUAUUUCUCAAGCAGCUGCAUGUGUUCCUUUCCUCUUGUCCUAUCAUAUCACACCUUUGAGAAGAGCCUAGAGAGAAGCUCGCUCUUCUCUGCAUCUUCCAAAUAGGUAGUUGAAGACACCAGUAAGUUUGUUUUCCCUAUUUGCUUCCUUCUCUUAAGGCUGUCCCAACCUAGUUGUCUUGGUCUCUUCUUGUACAUUGUAUACUCAAGCCCCCAGGGCAUCAGGUGGCAUUGCUGCAGGUCUGUCUUGUGCUGGGGAGCCCACAACUGAACGCAACAUACUCCAGAUAUGAUCUGACAACUGCUGGAUGGAAUAGAAGAAGAAUCACUUUCCUUGGCCUGCUGGCUACACUUUUACAAGUACAGCCCAGUACCUGUUUGGUCUCUUGCUGCAAGACGUUCUGCUGGCUCACCUUCAGCUGCUCUGAGUAUAGUGUAAGAAACUAGAGUAGCAAAGUGAACUAGAAAUACUCUGGAUUACAUUCAUAUGUAUGCAACAAUCUUGUCCCCCUCUUCCAAGGAAGAGUGGCAGAUUGGGUCUUGUAGCCUCUUUGAACAGGAGGCAGUGUAGAAGGAUCCUGAUUACUUCUAAAAAUAUCUGUGCUUUACCUUUUCAGAUGAUAGUUUCAACCCAAUGUGAAAUUUACCUUGAGUUUUUACCUUGAUGCAAAAAUCUUUCAGGUUUUUUAGUCCUGCUGCUAGUAAGUUGGACUUGGGCAUUAGGAAUGAACCUCCAAAGGAACAUGACUAGCUUCAUAGUUUUGCCCUUGCUGCACACUGAGCUUUUGAGUUUGCAAAUGCCAUCCUGCAGCAAAUGAUCAAUCAAAAAAUCUUCCCUUGCCUGCUGGUCUCUCGGGCAGCUCCUAUUUCUGCUCCCCAUCACAGUUGUUUUGCCCUCUAUUUGUAGCUGGUUUUGUCAACUCCAGAGUCCUUUAAUGCAGCUCCUAAUUUAAUGCUAUUGCUUCAAGGUCUGCAUCUGGUGAGAAUCUGUGUUAGGUUGCAGUUAUACAACAGAAUGUUCAGUCAUGUAACUCCAUUUCCUUCUGCGUGGAAAAAUUAUGUGAAAGCUGCUACUACUAUAGCAUACACUAGUGUUGGAAAGUGUAGCUUACGAUAGAGCCAGCUGUGCUGCAGAAAACAGUUACACUACAAGGUCAUCUGGAUUGCUGGAACUGAUGGGAGUGGGAUGUGAUCCUUCUUGCACUUUGAUCUGGACCUGAUCAAAACGUAGCUGUGACUUUGUGCUGGGGCGCCUCUCUCUGCGGCUGCCUGUGGCUAUUUGUGAUUAGUUAGAUCAGCAUCUCUGUUAGGUGGAUUAUUUGCAGGACAGCACAUGUGUUUGUGCACACAGCUGUGGAUAUAUGUAUGUAUAUAAUAAUUGGUGGAAAAUACCUAGCUGUGAUGGUGGGCUUUCUCUGUUAGGUUGUCUUUCACAGGGCAGUAAUACAGCAGUAAGCAUUUUACUUUGGCCUGAGCAAGACAUUUUGAAAAAUACUUGGUUUUCUUGGAGCACUAUAUUUAAAUUCCAAAUUUUUAAUCAACUUUUAACCUUUGUAUUUAUAUGUUCAGAAAACUCUUUUGACACCUUUUCAAUUUACCAACACUGAAUUAAAACCUUUCAGAAUGUAUGGCUGGUCCUUUCCUUAUGUGUCACUUUAAGUUUUAGAGCCUGAGGGUAGUUGUACCCCUUCGCUCUCAAGAUAGAAGAAACCAUUGACAAUUCAUAGGUGGCAGCUAAGGAAGAAACCCUUUAAAUAUUUUUUUCAGAGAAUAUUAAAUUAGAUCUGUGUAAGCAUAAAAUUUAUAUUUAUUAAUGUGUGUGUAUGUGUGAGUGUGUGUGUGUAUAGAUAUAUAAAUGGUCCAUGACUAUUUCUUUCUCUUAAAUGGUACUUUACACAGACUUUUAUACAAUACAUUGGUAAAUUCCUGCACCAGGCACUGAUUCUAAAAGAUUGAUGUACCUGUAUUUGUAACAAAUGUGGGCAGCCGGUAGAAGCAGUUUUACUUCAAUGAUUGCUUUCAUUCCUCUCGCAGAGCAGAAGAGAUGACUUGGUACUUGCAUCCUCCUUGCGUAGGAGCCCUGCUUCUAGCUUUGUCAUGCUUUCAGCAAGCCCAGUCUGUGCUGCUUUUCUGGCAAGAACAUCCCCCACACGGCACUAAUGAAAGCUGGAAUCUUUUCUCACCUCAAAUUAUCUCUAGAUGUGGUAUCAGGGAGCUCUUUACAGAUUCUGCUCUGUAAGUAAUGGGACCUUAUUUCUAACAGAGGAAAUUAAUGGAGGGUCCAUGAGGAUGCUGUAAGGUUGAGGGGUUCCUCCCUGUCUGUCAGGUGGCUAAGCUAACACUGGGGCACUAUGGAAUAGUUUCUUUUCCUCUGUGGUAAGAUUAUUCUCCUUUUAAGAUACUUCUAUCUCUUCAUGGGGUGUGAGGUGUAUAUAUCCCCUUAAAAACAAAUGUGUAAAAGGCUUUUUCUGAUGUCCCAUUCACAGGGAGUAAAUUUUACUUAACUGGUCAAAUUUCAGUUGUAGUUUAGAUCCACAAAGAUCACUAUAUUCAGAGACAUGUGUUUUGACCUACUUGGGCCUUUUGAGAAUUAUUCUUAAAAAGCAGGUGACACUUGGCUUCCUAAUGCUAAGAGCUCUUCCAGAAAUUCCUUUAUCUGAAAGGACCUGAGUGAAUGCUUCACCGCAGUGUCUGCUUACUGUCUGGUGUUCGGGCUUUGAUACUUAAGGGAGGACAGGAUUGGUGGUAAGAAGAGUAACCAGAAUAGGAGCAGUGAAAGGAAACAGCUUUCCUCCUCAGCAGAAACCAGCCCUCGUGAAAACCAGACCUCCCCUAGUAUUGGGUAACUGCUUUGUCUGCCACUGAGUUAAGCAAUGCACCCCGUAUCCUAGUCCCUGGCACCUUUGCCAUGAUCCAGACCUUUCAGUCCUGCUUCUAUCCCACCUCAGUUUCACUUAAAGCAGUCUGAAACAGAGCUUUAGUUCCUAAAGCUAAGGGCAAUGUUGAGGAGAAAUGUCUGUUCACUGAAGAAAAAUGAGAUUUUAAUGGAGCAGAAAAAGUGAGAUUUCCUUCUGUUUCACUGCCUUGCUGCUAAAAGUCUGGUGCAGAACAUCCUGAUGUUCUGCUGAUUUAUAUGCCGCUCUUUGGGGGUGGACAGGCUGCUAAGUGGGCAAGUUGGAUCUGUAGCAAAUGAAUUGCUGUAAACCUAAACUCGCUUUGUGCGUUUUUUUCUUUCCCCCAAGUGGGCUUGAAGUAGAGGGAGGGAACCAGAGUAUUGUUGUUUGUAAGAUCUUUUUGUUUUAUUGGAAAAGAAAACAGACAAUGAAAAAAUCUCAUUCAAAUAUGCUGAUAGGGAAAACAGAAUGGCUUAAAAAUACAAAAAAUCUUACGAGACAGUAUAUUGUCCUGGGUUCUGAACGUGUUGUUUGUACCAUGAUGAGACUGGCCUUGUCCAGCCUGCGAGCCAACCUCUAUAGCUAUCCAAAGGACUGUUAUCCACAAGAUUGUUAAAAGCUGUUUAGGGAUAAAUCAAAAAAUGUAUGUCAGCAAUGUAUGGUAAAGCUGGAAAUUCAGAUCCAACUCUGAGUAUUUGCUUUAAAAAAAAAAAAAACCCACAACAAUUUAGGAAAAUCUGAAUCUCCCCUUGUUCUGCAUAUAUGCAUUCCCCCUGAGUCCUUAGGGGAAGGCUGCAGCGAGAUGAGGACCUGAAAUACCUCAGUGGCUUGACAGAAGUGUUUUGCUACAGAGAUCUGGGGGAGCCUUACCCUUUACACCUAGAUUUGGCACUUAAUUUAAGGAUGGGGAUGGGUGGGGGAACUAAAGCCAUGCUUGCAUUUCAGUUCCUGGUGUUGCCUGUACAAGACACCUCCAGCCAGAUGUUUUGGUUUUUUGGGUUUUUUUUACAGCUGAUAUCAAAAGUAUUUUUUUGUGACUUGUUUUCAUUAUCAGUGCUUUUUAAAAAGCAGGUGUGUAUCCCAAGGGGGAAAGCUCCUUCUGGGGCAGAGGAUGUGAAGUUCAUCAUUCUGAUCUGGCCAUGUUGCAGCACUGCUCCUCUGAGAUGUUUAACUGUGCGGGCAGACCGUGGCUCCCGGGAGGGGUGGGACAGUGGCCUGGUCACGCUGAGGAGGCGGCUGCUCACCAGAGGACACGGCAAAGAUGAGCAUCUGAGGAGCAGGACCUGCAUUUCCACAUCAAAUGGGAUACAGUGGGUUUGGUUUUUUUUUAAUAUGGAGCCAUACAUUUUUUAAGUAAUUUGAGAUCUGAAUGUGAUUUCUAAUGUAUCAAGAACGUUAAUAUUUUAAAGCUAUAACAAAGUUUAAAAUUUCUACUAUUUUUUUUCAUUUAUUUUAACUGUUCUGUUCUGUUACCUUAAUUUGAUGUAUGUGGUUGGGGAAUGUUGCUUCUCCUCUUAGCAUUUGUUUCUAUAACCAGAAAUAAAAUUAUAUAUGAAAGAGAAAA